AUGUUUCCAUUUGCAGAGAUAUCUUGUGAGAAUCACAAGUCGGAUUGGACAGCUAUGGGAGAUUUUGAUCUCGAUAUUGACGAGGAAUCAGUUCCACACAAGAACAUUGAUUCACCGAUCGUUAUUGCUGAGAAGAGAGGAAACAUUGGUUCCCCGGCGUGUGUAGCUGAGACAGCUACUAAGGAACUUGUUACAAAAGCAGAAGAGGCUGCAGAUUUAGGUAUUGUCAAUACACGUAUCAUUGAGAAAUCAGACGUUGAGAAAGUCUCGGUGGAAGAACCGUUGGUUACUCCGGCAGAAGUGGAGCUUGGACGUGGUUGUCGAGAAAAACAAGUUUCCACUCGGUUGAAGGAUUUUGUACUUAAUACGAUUGUGGAUCCAGAUGAUCAAACUGAGGUGACAGUGGAAUUUGAAGACGGUGUCGAAGGAGAAUUUCCGUUGUCUCAUUACUUGGAUAGCAGCAAAUUCUCUCCGAGUCAUAGAGCGUUUUUGGCUGCUAUCACUGCUGAAACAGAACCUACUCUGUUUCGUGAUGCCGUAGUGUAUGAGGUUUGGAGAGGUGCGAUGAAGCUUGAGAUUGAUGCUUUAGAGGAGAACCAAACAUGGGAGUUGGUGAAGCUUCCGCCGGGAAAGAGAGCCAUUGGAUGCAAAUGGGUCUAUAAAAUAAAGUAUCGUGCUGACGGAUCGAUUGAGAGAUAUAAGGCGCGACUUGUUGUGUUAGGAAACAGACAAGAGGAAGAUGUUGAUUUUAAGGAAACAUUCGCUCCUGUCAUCAAGAUGAUGUUCGUGUGUUUUUGA